AUGGCAGCCGUUGCGCCCUCCGUCCCCUCUGUCACCCCGGCCGCGGCCGCGGAGCCCAACGCGCCCGCGUCGCCUCCGCCGGAACCCAAGCUGGUGCGCGGCGCGCGGCGGCCGUCGCUGACGAGUCAUCUGUAUCUUUUCCUGUACAACUGCUUCGCGACGGCUGCGUGGGGGUACGUCUUUUUCCACUUUCUGCGAUUCUGCUUGGAGAAGUCGAGUCUCCUGGCCUGGAGCUCCAGCGCGCCAGCGCUCUACCGCGCGAUCGAGGGCCCGCUGAUCGUCGCACAAACGAUGCAGGCGAUGGAAAUCCUCCACGCGGUCGUCGGCAUCGUGCACAGUGGAGUCGUGACCACGUUCAUGCAGGUCUUCUCGCGCCUGCAACUCGUCUUGUUCCUCUUCCGCUACGUCCCGAUUUCGUACAACACGGUCGCCUUCUUCAACCUCAUCGGCGCGUGGUGCCUCGCGGAGCUCCUGCGGUAUCCGUUCUUCGCCGCGCAAGAGCUCCUUCAGUGCAUCUACUUCGCCGAAACGAAGAAGGCAUUCGGCGACGAAGGGGCGCUGGCAGCGGUCAAGGUGAAGACCGAAGUUCCCAUGGUCCUCAGGUGGCUGCGCUACUCAGGAUUUACUUUUCUGUAUCCGCUGGGGAUUACGAGCGAAGUCCUCUGCAUGCUGAACGGGCUGUCCACGCUGCAGCUGCCUCUGUUUGCGCACUACCCAGUCCCGAUGCCCAACAUGCUCAACUUCGAAGUGAAUCUGCACUUUAUCUACAUCCUCAUUCUCCUCGCCUGCAUUCCGGGCAGCUUCUUGCUGUAUAACCACAUGCUGCAGCAGCGCAAGAAGAACCUUUACGGCGUGGGAGUUGAGGAGAAGAAGACGCAGUAA